AUGGCCAAGAAGAAGAAGACUACAAAGGGCAGCAAGAAGAGCACGGCCGCCAAAGCCGUUGGUCACCUGGACGCAAAAACCCCGCCCCAGCUGGAGCUGGAGUCGGUGGAGCGGGAGCUCGAGGUUGCGCGCCAUGAAGCCGAGACAGCGCGCUCGCAUGUGGGUGGCUUCCGCCCCGCCGAAUUUACAUCCUCUCAUAACAUGGCUCUGCGUGAGGAGCUGCUGCGCUCGCAAGAGGAGGCAGCAGAGUAUGAGGCCUACAUGUCCAAAAAGACAGAGCGCCAGCAGCUCAAGGUGCAGAGCAUCUCCGACCGCAACCAGCAGGCCAUUGAUACGGUCAAAGCCGAACGUGAUCGUAAAUCCAAAUACUAUGCCGACCUCACCAAGACCUUGCAAGAUGCCAUACUUGAGCGCGAGCGAGAUUUGGCCAAGGUGACCCAGCAACUAGAGGAGAUGAGCGAGCUGGCGAUACGAGAAACGUUUAGGCUCACCGCAGUCAACCUCCAGUCGCACCGACGCAGCCAAGAGCAGGAGAUUGCUGCACUGGAAGCUGAGAUUGAUCGGUUACAAAAGGCACACGAGUCUGAACUUGAGCAGGUUAAGGCGGACUUGCUGCACGAGAAGAUCCGCUUUCAACGCGAUGCUACCCAGGAAGUCAUCAAGCUGGAGCAAGCAGCUGCCAAGGAGGCGAUUGAGUGCCUCGAUGAGCAUUCACAGAAUGUUCGUGAAUCCAACCAACAGCUGCGGCGCCAACUUGUCCAGCUCUUUAGCGAAAAUAAGGCCUUGCGGGAGCGUGAGGACAUGCUCAAGAAACAGCAUGGUGAACUCCAGCGCCUGUUGCAGCUGAGCGCACCUCACGAGGAGAGCCCGCGCGUUGGAGGACUGGAUGCCACUGCCAGAUCCACAGGGCGAAAGACGCUUCGUGGUCCCGCUUUCUUAUGA